AUGGCUGAAAAGCGAAAGCUGCAGCAGGAGGUGGAGAAGACGCUGAAGCGCGUCGAGGAGGGUUUAGACGCCUUCAACGACGUCUGUGAAAAGAUGCAUGGGCCGGUGGUCAGUGCCUCGCAGAAAGAGAAGUUCGAGAACGAAUUAAAGAGGGAAAUAAAGAAGUUGCAGCGGCUGCGGGACCAAAUAAAGACCUGGCAGACGUCGUCGGACAUCAAGGACAAGGCGCCCCUGGACGAGGCCCGGAAGAAGAUUGAACGCGAAAUGGAACGCUUCAAAGUCUGCGAAAGGGAGUCCAAGAUGAAGGCGUUCUCCAAGGAAGGCCUCGCGGCGAAGACGAAGCUCGACCCGCAAGAAGAAGAAAGAAAUCGACACAGAGAGUGGCUGAACGAAUUCAUUUCCACCCUCAACACCCACGUGGACGCUCACGAAGCCGAAGAAGAACUCCUCAUGAGCAGCAAAAAAGGGAAACACAGAGACCACGCCAACACGGAGCGACGCCUUGGCCAGCUUCAGCUGUACGUACAGCGCCACCGAUGGCACAUCAACAACAUGGAACUGAUUUUGCGGAGACUCGAAAACGACUCUCUCGACCUGUCGGUGAUGGACGAACUGAAGGAAAGCAUCGAACUGUACCUCGACAAUUUCAACGAUGACGACUUCUUCUUCGACGAAACGCUCUACGCUGCCCUGAACCUUGACGCUCCCGAUGACAACUCCGAGAUGGUCAAGGAUUCAGAAGAGGAAAACACCAGCUCGGACCAAUGUGGCGACUCGACGCCUCCGAGUGGGCGCGGAAGUCAAGAGGCUUCCGGGGCGGCCGGAAGCCCGACGAGCACGGCGAGCGUUCCGUCCUUCAACUCGGAUCGCACCGAGCGGCUUCCUGGAACCGUCGCGCCUGGCGAGAAGAGCCGGAACAGCGGCGCGCUGAGCGCACCUGCGAAGGCGCCUUCGAGUCGAGGCUCUGCGGGGGCUGCUCCGGGGGCCUCAGGAGCCUCGAAAGGCGAGAAAGGCCUUUCCGGCGACGCGGGGAAGGCACGGCCUGGGGGCGAGAAGGGCGCCGAUGGUGGCGCCGCCUCAGGCGCGCUGUCCCCGAACGGUUCCAGCGGCGGCAGUUCUCCGGGGCUCCUCGUUGCGAAGAAGGGUGCCGAGAGAGGCUCGCCGGGAGAGGCGGCGAGUCCCGCAGCGCCUUCUGCGGACGCGUCACGCGCGACCAACGAAGGCGAGACGCUGUCUCCACACGCGUCUGGGAAGGCGCAGAUGUCUCCUCGGACGGGAGAAAACGGCGUCUGGACGGGCGCCAGACGCCCCGGCGCGAGCCUGCUGCCGGCGGUCAGUGCGGCUUCCUCGGCACCCGCCAGCGGCCGGUGGGCGGCAGUCGCUGGGGGCCUUGCAGGCGCGGAUGGGCAGAGUGUCCGGAAGCGCGGGGCCUCUGAGGAGAAGAAGGACGACGGCGAGGAGGCGCGGAGACGCAGUGUGCCGGGACGCGAGCCUGAGGAAGAGAAGGGCGCAGCAGCCAAGGACAAACGCCGCGGCGGAGCGGCCCCAGGCCCUCAGGGGAAGGCCCAGGGAGACGGCGCCGCCGAGAGGAAUUCCGGUGAAGCGGAUCAGAAGGCCGAGAGCGGCGACCGAGAGCGCCUCGAGAUGGAAGACGAAGAGGCGCAGGGAAAAGGGCACAGUGUGCGCCCUCCCGCCCCGGGCGGAGACGCCGCGGAAGGAGACACCACAGACAGAGGAGUGCCAAGCGCGCGCGCGACGGCCUCCGCGAAGGCUGGCGAUGGGUUCCUUUUCCCUGGGACCUCCAGUUCGCUCUCCACGGUUGCAGCUCUCGUCGACUGCAGCCAGUCGCACCGGCCGACGCGAUCGGAUGCGGAGCAGAUCCCUGGGGGCAGCAUUUGUGGGCGCUCGUCGGCGGCUCUGGGUUGGGGUCCGAACAUGUUCGGACCUGGAGGCCCUGGGGCGCGGCCACUCGCUCCACUCUCGCCUCAGAUCGCCUGGACUUGCGCGCCAGAGAGCUUCCCCGACGCGCCUCUCGUCGGUUACGACAGUCGGCAACUUUUUGCAGGCCUUGAUUUGGACACUCUCUUCUUCGUCUUCUACUACCAGCAGGGGACCUAUCAGCAGUAUUUGGCUGCCCGGGAGUUGAAGCAGCAGUCAUGGCGCUACCACAAGAAGUACUUGACUUGGUUCCAGAGACAUGAAGAGCCGCGGAUCACUGCAGACAAGUAUGAGCAGGGCACUUACGUCUACUUCGACUACGACUCUGGCUGGUGCUCGAGGAUCAAACAAGAAUUCACGUUCGAAUAUCACUGGCUUGAAGACGAACUCGCGGUGUAGUAGAGACAGCCUCGGCGCAAGAGGUGGCUGUGCAGGAGACGAGGUGCCGUGUCGGCUUAUAGUCGGAUAAACUCAUACGACGGUCGGGGGUCUGAAGAAAGGCGGGCAGGACGGAGGCAAGCGGGGAAAAAGGCGACAGAAGAGCCAAUACGAUCCGGAGACAGAGAGGUGGACACAAGCCGACAGUCGGCUGGAGGCUUCUGCCUCGCCUGCGGAACACUGGAGAGAAAGAAAUUUCUUUUGUGUCUCUUGUAGAGGUGUGAUGCGAGGGAGAGAGAAGAAUAGGGAAUGCCCGCACGCCUUCAAUCACGUCCGUCUUGCGCAAGGGACAGAGGAGGUCGACGAGAGGGGCGAAAAUAAUUGGGAAAAAAUGAGAAACAGAGAGACGAAGAGAGAAAGCAUUCGAGGGAGGAGAGAAAGAGCGAAAGAGAAACGGGCGGCAUGACGUAUCUUCACACACACACACACACUCGGUCCUGAGAGAGCAAGAGGACGCUGGAUUCAGGCAUCAUUUGUUUCUUUUUUUUCUUGUCAGUUUUCGGUGUACCAGGAGGAUCAGAGUGCCCUGUCUCUCGAGGAAGACGCAGUGAGGAGUGGUGGCGUAGGACAGGGAAGGUGCAACAGAGCUGAAUCUGAUCGAGAGACCCAGCAUUUCCAACUUCUCUCGUGUUAGUUCCUUGAGUCCGUUCCUUGUUUGUCUUUUUUCCGUGGUCGUCUUGUCGCCGUUUCUGCUUCCCGGCUAGUCCCCCGCUCUACGUCGACAGGCGAUAAUCACCUUCGGGUCUCUGGAGAAACCUAUAGAGGCCUGUUCAUUGCCGCGGAGUAGUACAAGCCAGGAGAGAGUCCUUUAGUUGACGAAAGUGUAGAAAGCGAAACGCCUUGGUCUCUC